AUGGUCGCCGCCAAGAAACACGUCCCCAUCGUCAAGAAGCACAAGACGCGCUUCGCCCGUCACCAGAGUGACCGGUUCGACCGUGUCGGUGAGAGCUGGAGGAAGCCUAAGGGUAUCGAUGGCCGUGUCCGCAGACGCUUCAGGGGCACCAUCCGCAUGCCCAAGAUUGGCUACGGAUCCAACAAGAAGACUCGCUUCUUGACCCCCUCCGGCCACAAGGCUUUCCUCGUCCACAACGUCAAGGACCUCGAGCUGCUGCUGAUGCACAACCGAACCCACGCUGCCGAGAUUGCCAGCGCCGUCUCAUCCCGAAAGCGAAUCGACAUCAUCUCCCGCGCCAAGCAGAUUGGCGUCAAGGUCACAAACGCCAAGGCCAAGGUCACGACGGAGGUCUAAGCGGCGGACCUGGGGGGCUCGAGAGAGAGAGGGGGAAAUCUGUCGACAUCAUCGGGUGUGUGGAUGGGACGAUAGAGAAGCAAAAAAUAAAGCAUUCACGGCACACACACACACACAACUACGGAGAAUCCAAAAAAAAAGUUUAAACAAGUCUUCGCCGAGAUCUCCUUUUGCCCGUCCUUUGUGGUUGGCGAAUUCCCGUGUUGUGGCUGUUUCUUCUCACUUUUCUCCGGGUUUUACGGGUGUGGUGGUGUUGUUUUUUUUUUUUUGCUACAAUGGAACAAAAGGG